CCCGAGCAGCAGUCAAGCGGCAGCAGUCUGCUGGACGAUGUACCGUAGACUAUGUUGUUUCUCGCGCCUGUGAACGGGUGAACGUUGCUUAGUUUUAACCUCAUUAUACUGCACGCAUCUGCCGGUUCCCCGGCAUAUUGCGGUAUAUACGUUCUUGAAAAUGGUGGAGUGUGACAUAUGUAGGCGAAGCUGGGACCAUAGACACGAGCUGUCUGCUCACUUGCAGUCCGACGAGCACUUCCUGGAACACGUGAAAUGCAGCUUAUGGACAAACGAAGAGCCAUUGCUUCGCAACAAAAGCCAUGUGAAGGUGUCCUGUUUAGACACCAAGACAUGUGUUCCUGCAGUCUACAUUCGUGCAGAGCUGCAUCGGCAAGUGCGCCACACUAUGCGUGUGCAAGUCUCAAGUGCCUCGCAAAGUUCUGUGUUGUUGCAGAGCUGCAGUUUGCUGGAGCUUGACGACACCUUCUGCCUUGAACGCACUGACAAAAUAAGCCACCCAGACAAGCCCGUGUCGAUCUGUCCGGGCUCCACGUAUGAUGUUGUCCUCUCCUGUACAGUCAGGACCACCGGUGUGAAGCGGACUGGUGUAGUGUUCAAGUUUUGCAAGGAUACUGGGAAGACAAAGCCCUUUGUGAUAGUUCGUUUCUUCGAACUUGCCUGCCAGGAUGACCCUAGCGAGCACAGUGUGCUGGAGCCACAGAUUCCUUAUGAGUAUCGGCUGCCUGUGCCUAGGCUUCCUGAUGCGCAGAACAUCAUUCCUCUUGAUUGCAAUGGAAGAGCCAGGUUCAGACAAGAAUAUGAAGUUCCUGCAAUCUUCAAGAAGUUCCACAAGCAUGGCCUGAAGCCUUGGAGUAACAUCACGGAUGAACAGCUGGGGCAACUACAGGAUACACUGAAAAAUUUGAAUGCUCCGCUGUCCAAAGGCAGCUAUUACCAGUCCUUGAGGGCUCUUCUGUUCCUUGAAGAAGUUCAAAUGAAUGUUGACAUCAGGACGUAUGACAUGAUUAAUGUUGUCCUGCAACAAUGCGGCUCUGAAUAUGGCUUCGAGGUGCCUGGUGCAACAGAAGGACGCCCCUCAGUUAUGAAAGGAAAUAGGCUGUUCAUUCGGUCCUCUUUAAGCAACCCUACUUUAGUGACCGAGUAUGAAGCAAUCGUCCGCAAAACAGAUGGCACAUACAUUACGGUCGAGGUCAGCAAAAAGUUUAAAGACAUCUACAUCAAAGGAAUGAGGUUCGAUGUGCGCUUUACAUUUAAUCGGGUACCGUUAAUGCGGAUGCAUCGGGCUCUUGAUUCGUGCAAGACACGAAACCUCUGGAGUUUCAUUUUUCCAAACGGCAGCUCUUCACCAUCAAAACCUGCACUGGAACUAUCUGAUCUGAGGUUUUUCAACAAGAAGGUGCAAGAGAACCGAGAGCAGUCUAAAGCUGUCAGUGACAUGUUGUUAGGGCUGCAUCGCCCUUAUCCAUACCUUUUGUUUGGUCCUCCUGGCACAGGGAAGACAGUCACUCUAGUAGAGACAAUUAAGCAGAUAUGCACGCUGAUCCCAUCCAGUCGCAUUCUGAUCACUGCUCCUUCAAACAGUGCAAGUGAUUUGUUAGCUGAGCGGCUUUUGGAUCACAUAAUGCCAUCACAAAUGCUUCGAUUGUACUCUUCUUCCGUCCACCCUGACAAAAUUUCAAAGAAACUAAAGCUCAAGAAAUGCUGUAAUGAUGUGGAAGUUGAUAUUGAGCGCCGUUAUGAAGCACCAGAGUUGAUGGAAUACAGGGUCAUUGUGGCCACGCUGGUCACUUCAUCAAAGUUGGUGUCAGCAGGUUUGCCUCCCGGUCAUUUCACCCAUGUGAUUGUGGAUGAGGCUGGCCAUGCGUUGGAGCCAGAGUGUGUCAUCCCUCUGAUGGGCCUCUUGAAUGCUUGGAAGCCCGACAUGAGUGGCCCAGGGGGACACAUCAUUCUGGCUGGUGACCCUAUGCAGCUGGGGCCAGUCAUCAGAAAUCGUCUCUGCUUAUCUUACAACCUAGGUGUGUCACUACUUGAGCGGCUCAUUAAAAUGCCUUCUUACCAGCAGAAUGACGAGAACUAUGCACACAUGAUGACAAAGUUGCUCAGAAACUUCAGAAGCCAUGCAGACAUACUCAAAGUUCCAAAUGAGAUGUUUUACAACAAUGAACUGAAGGUGUUUGCAGAUGAAAUGAUUACCCAGAGCAUGUUGACAUGGGAUGGACUGCCAACAAAGGGUGUGCCACUCCUUUUUCAUGGUGUUUGUGGAAAGGACAUGAGGGAGGGUAACAACCCCUCGUAUUUCAACCCGGAUGAAGUCAAGAUUGUGGUGGACUAUGUGAUUUCCCUGCUGGGUGGUAAAAAUGGUGUGCGAACCAAGGUUCGAGAGUCUGACAUUGGAAUUGUUUCUCCCUACCGCAAGCAGGUACUAAAGAUCCGAAGCUUGCUUGAAAAGAGAGGACACAAGGAUGUUAGUGUAGGCUCCACAGAGGAAUUUCAAGGCCAGGAACGUCUGGUGAUAAUCAUAACAACUGUGCGUAGCAACCGUAACCUUGUCCAAGGUGAUGUGCGCCACAACCUUGGAUUUCUUCAAAACCCAAAGAGGUUCAACGUGGCCUUGACAAGGGCAAAAGGACUCAUGGUGAUCGUCGGAAAUCCCUACACUCUCAGCGAGGAUCCAUGUUGGAACAGGAUUCUUGAGUUCUGCAUUGCGAAGAAAGCAUACAGGGGUUUGCCAUACAAGCCAACCAAAUGCCAUGCAAAGGUUUCCAACGUGUCCAAGCCCCUUCUCGAAAAAGUACCUGAUGAAACCGGUGACAACAUUGUGAUAUCUCAGAAGACUCUUCAAGAAGAACCAAGGUGGAGGCAGGAACUGUGAUUAGCAGCAAUUUUUUGGCUGCACUGUUUUGAAAGGUUUCUGUAUUUUAUAAAGAUUUUUACCUGUUUUUAAUAAAGCAUGCACUUCGGACAGUUUA